UUCUAACACGCGUCGAUCAAUAAUUUCCGCUUACAGCUACCGGCGCAAAAUAUAGUACGAGUAUAAUACGACUAGAGGCUAGAGCGGUUGAUAUGAAGCAUAUUUUUAAGGCUACUCUCUCUCUAAUAAUUAGCAUUACGAUUAGGCGGGGCUGGUAGAAGAAACAGGUGAGCAGACGGCAGCACACCCACAACAUGGACCCACCAAAAUUCGCCGGAAAACCACUCCCGCCCCCCUUCUCGACCCGACCCGCCGACAUAGACAAGAUGCCCGAGACCCCACUCCGCGCCUCCCACCACCGUCGUGCCCAGUCGGAAACUUUCUUUCGCUUCCCCGACGACACCCUCUUAGACGACGCCGUCGCAGACUUCGAUCUCUCCUCUCUCGACCUCCCUUGUAUUUCUUCCGAGAAUAACCACCACCCCAUCUCAGCAGCUGACUCCGAUUCAUCGGGAGAUGUGCUUAAACAACACCCCACAACUUCUUCUUCUACUACUUCACAUUUCAGGAGUCUUUCUGUUGAUGCUGAUUUUUUUGAGGGCUUGUCUAUUGCUGAUGAUGUUAAUUUUAGUAUUAAUGCCAAGAAGGCUCUUGCUCCUGAUAAAUUGGCUGACCUCUCCUUGAUUGAUCCCAAGAGAGCUAAGAGGAUUCUUGCGAAUAGACAAUCUGCGGCGCGAUCCAAGGAGAGAAAGAUUCGGUAUACGAAUGAGUUGGAGAGGAAAGUGCAAACUCUGCAGACUGAAGCAACUACCCUCUCUGCACAAGUUACAAUGCUGCAACGAGAUACAAGUGGAUUGACUAUUGAGAACAAGGAACUUAAGCUGCGGCUACAGGCUAUGGAACAGCAGGCACAUCUUCGAGAUGCUUUGAAUGAAACACUGAGAGAGGAAGUCCAGCGCCUUAAGAUAGCAACAGGACAAGCACCAGCUGCCAAUGGGAGCUACUCUAACAGAGCUUUGCAGAGUCAGUUCUCUUCUCAUCCACAGGCGUAUCACUUUGGUAAUCGCCAGGCACCUCAAUCUCUACAGCAGCAGCUUCACAUGCCUCCUCGGCCAGCCCUUCUCAGUACCCAAACUCGAACCGGGCAGACGCAACCUAGCUUUGCGGACUUUAAUUAGACUGUUUGACAUCAUCCAACAGCAGUCUCGAUUUUGUCAGAUUUCUUAACUGAGAAGGUAAUAUUGAUUUAAGGUGGCAUCUUGUACAUUAUACAUAUGGUUUAUACAUGUUACAGCUGAAAAUAGUGAUAUUUCUGAGGGUGACUAUCUGUUACAUCAAGCUAUGACAUUCUAGAUCCUUGUUAAAUAUCUAAAUUGGAAAUGGAUUGUAAUAUUAUACCUUCGUCCAUAUUAGUCUUGUGUAUGUUUUGUAUUUUAAUUUUCAUCCAUCUUUUAUUAGGAAA